UUAUUUUACUAUAAAUAAACAAACUUCAUUGCAUCAUCUUCUCCGAUUCAUCUCCCUCAUCUUCCUCGCACGAGCUUCAAUCGUCAAUGGCGAUUCAUCUCUCCAAUGUCCUCUUCUUCCCAAUCACAAACUCACUCCACCAAUCCAAACAAUCAUCUUCUUCACUUCAUUUCUCAACCUCAAAUCGUCACUUUCGUGGUUUCAGAUUAUUCAGUACAAGGAGAACACAACGACAACGACAAUCGAUAUACGAAGUAGCUUCAAGAACCAGAGACACAUCCUCCAUUAUUACAGACCUCGAAAAACAAACAAAGGGAGAUGAACAUACCGAAACUAAAUCAGCUGCAGCAGAAAUCGCCGAUUCCUGGCGAGAAAUCCAUGGCAGCAAUGAUUGGACCGGGUUGCUUGAUCCGAUGAACGAUCUCCUCCGCUCCGAGAUAAUCCGCUACGGUGAAAUGGCGCAAUCCUGCUACGAUGCCUUCGAUUACGAUCCGUUCUCGAAAUACUGCGGGAGUUGUCGAUUCAGUCGAAACAAAUUCUUCGAACAACUCGGAAUGGAAAGCGGAGGUUACGAAGUAACGCGGUACCUCUACGCAACAUCAAACAUCAACCUGCCGAAUUUCUUCAAGAAAUCGCGAUGGCCAAAGGUAUGGAGCAAGAACGCGAACUGGAUCGGCUACGUCGCGGUAUCAAACGACGCGAAAUCGAAACUCCUCGGCCGGCGAGACAUCGCCAUAGCGUGGAGAGGCACCGUAACGCGGUUGGAAUGGAUCGUGGAUCUAAUGGAUUUUCUGAAACCAGUAGCGGCGGCGAAGAUUCCAUGCCCUAAUUUGGCGGUGAAGGCGGAAUCGGGAUUUCUGGCUCUGUAUACAGACAAGGACGAAGGUUGUGGAUACAGCAAGUUGUCAGCGAGAGAGCAGAUUGUGACGGAGGUGAAGCGGUUGGUGGAGAGAUUCGCCGGAGAAGAGAUGAGCAUUACGAUCACUGGACACAGUUUGGGAAGCGCUCUGGCAGUGUUGAGCGGCUUCGACGUUGCGGAAAUGGGUGUGAACCGGUUGGAGAACGGUCGGGUUGUGCCGGUUUCGGUUUUCUCAUUCUCGGGGCCCCGAGUUGGGAAUUUCUCCUUCAAGGAACGCCUCCAAGAAUUGGGAGUUAAGGUAUUGAGAGUGGUGAAUGUCCAUGACGUGGUACCCAAGACGCCAGGAUUUUUAUUCAACGAAAGCGUACCAACGGCUGUGAUGAAAUUUGCGGAGGAAUUACCGUGGAGUUAUUCACACGUGGGCGUGGAGUUAAAAUUGGAUCAUAAAAUUUCACCGUUCCUCAAGGAUACAAACGACCCCGUUUGUGCACAUAAUUUGGAAGCUCACUUACAUUUACUUGAUGGAUAUCAUGGAAAGGGUCGUAGGUUCGUGUUAACGAGUGGGAGAGACCCGGCGUUGGUGAACAAAGCUUGUGAUUUUCUUAAAGACCAUUACUUAGUCCCACCAAAUUGGAGGCAAGACGAAAACAAAGGUAUGAUAAGGAACAAGGAUGGCCGUUGGAUACAACCCGAUAGAUCAAAAUUUGAUGAUCAUCCGGAAGAUAUACAUUAUCAUCUCAAACAAUUAGGCUUAACUUUUGACUCCUAAAUCUUAUUUUGUUCAUUCAAAAUUCAUAUGAAAUCAGAAGCCAUUUA